UUUUCCUGCUUAUUAAUUUCAGGUUUAUGAUGGCUAUGCUGAAAACCUGUCUGCUUCUUUUCAUCGUCUUCUCCAUGGGGAAUAGUGCAGACGAACAUGAUCAUGGAAUCAUAAAUGGCAAAUCAUGCCUUGCUGGUUGGAGGAGUUUUGGACUCGGAUGCUACAAGUACUUUUCUGAUGCGAGUAACUGGAUCACAGCAGAGAGAAACUGUCAAAGUCAUGGUGCGAAUCUCGCAUCUGUGCGUAAUAAAGCGGAAAAUGAUUUCCUGCUGAGUCUGUUGCCUUCUCCUUCCACACGGACUUGGAUUGGUGCUCAUGAUGCUGUUCAAGAUGGACAGUGGUUGUGGAGUGAUGGAUCUGUGUUUUCGUACACCAACUGGUGCUCUGGAGAACCCAACAAUUACCAGCAGCGUCCCGAGAACUGUUUGGAUAUCAGCUUUAGCGCUGACCGUUGCUGGAACGACGAGUCCUGUUUAACCUCAUUAUCCUAUAUUUGUGUUGAAGACAUGUGUGACUGUGUGGGUCCACGGGCAGCGCGCCGUGUUUAACCACAUUUAUACCAAUGAUAUUCUUAAGCCAAAUCUGUAACCUUUAAUCUCUCUUCAAUAUCUUCUCUGAAAUGCUCCUCAAAUUAAUAAAAGCAUUGGAAACCAA